AGCCAACGACACCAUAUCCAUCGUAUUAGUUCAAUUUUUUUUUUUUUUUUUAAGUAAUAUCGUGUUAGUUUGAUUUAUUAACCCAAAACUCCGCCAUUUUUUAUAUACGUCAUGAGAUGGAGCUGUUUAACAAACUCCAUCUUCGUAUUCACCAAAAAAAAAAAAAAAAAUCUUCAACAUUCCUACAUAAAUUCUUUGUUUUAAUCGUAAAAGCGCCAUAACAACCAAAGCUUUUAUACGCUGACGCUAGCUACCAUCCAAAUCCCAAAUUCCCAGUGCAAUUUCUCUUAAGAGGUUUAAUGGGCAAUUCAAUCUCCAACCGUCAACCCCAACCCACAGCAAAAGUAAUCCUAUCGGACGGCUCGGUGCAUGAGUUUGACAACCCUCUAACAGUCGCAGAGCUGAUGUUGGAACACCCACAACAAGUGGUGGUGGAAUUCCAGUCGGCCGUAACAGGAAAAAGACCAAAUCCAUUGCCGGCCGACAAGAACCUCGAGAUGAAGAAGAUAUACCUUAUGCUUCCGACCAAGAGAGGGAAGCCGAAAUCAUUGUCAUCGGAGGAAAUUCGCGGUGUUAUUCUGAUCGCAAAUUCCAUUUUACGGUCUCGGUCUCUUGUGUCAUCCUCAAAGUUUUUGCCUUUCUUCGCAAGGAUAUGCCCUCCAUCUACGGUGGUCGAUGGACAGAGCUUCGUGUUGCCGAAGAAAGAAAACGUACAGAAGUCCGAGGUGAUAAGGAACGUGUCGGAGUUUCUGCCGGAAAGUAUGGGAGGGAGACCGGAGUUUUUGAUUAGACAGUGUUCAGGUAAAGGUUGGAAGCCUAGCUUGGAUACUAUCAAUGAAAAAGAAAUGAAGGUUGAGAAGAAGGUGUCCCAUUGGUUGUUUUAAGCAAGUAAAAAUAUGUGAAAAUAGAAGUAACUAGUCUGAUGAAAUAUGGAUAAAAAGUACAUUCUCAAGCGUUUGAAUACCCAAUUUCGAGGUGGACUCAUAUGAACGUGUAAUAGAUAGAUUUUUUUUUUUUUUUUUUUUGGGUACUUUUCCAUAUGGAUAAGGUGAAAACUAGUUUGUUGGGAAGUAAAUAUUCCAUAGUGUCACGCAACGAAUCCGCCAUAAUUAAGAUCAAGAAAUUAAUGCCCCUCCAUGGCCAACUAAUUCGUCUCCUUUAUUAUUCUUCUUCUUUUCAUCCCUGUAAAUCUAUCGAUUAUUAAUCUUCUUG